AUUUAGGCUUGACCGAUCCUUAAGAUCGCAUUCAGUGGAUGCAACCCAGCCCAAGAAAUUCAGAAAAAACGGUGGUGGUUUUCUGAUUGCCCAUAGAACAGACAUUGAUAUCUCGAGUUUAAAGUUCUCAAAGGACAGUAAUGAAAAAUGAGUGGAGAGCAAAGUCAUGAGAUAGAUGAAGAAGAGGUACUAAAAGGUGUAAGCAUGCUGCAACAGGAGCUUGAACUUGAAAGGUCAUUAAAUCAUGGACUGGCUACCAAGUUUGAAGAGUUAAAAGUCCACUACGAUAGUGAUAAUGAAGUAACUACUGAGCUAAGAAAAAGGAUUGUAAAGUUAGAGAAUGAAUUACUAACAGGGUUAAGCAAAGAUAACGAAAAGAGAGGAGGAGAGGAAGCCAUCAUGACUCGACUAAGAAAAUUGCUGGAGAAAAGUGAAGCUGCUCGACAUCAGUCAGAAUAUUCUCUAUUGUUGGAACAGAAAAAGAGUGGGGAACUUAAAGACGAGAUUGCUGAUAGGGAUGAAAAAUUUAGUGAAGAGACUCAGAAAUAUAAAGGGCUAUUACAAGAGUGUCAAAACCGAGCAAAAGAGUGGGAGAAAGCUGUUGCACUGGCAGAAAAAGCAGCAGAAAUGGAAAGAGAAAAUAUGGAGGCCAGUUUUGAGAAUUUGAAAGCCAUCAUUUCAGAAAGGAAUGGCCUUAUUGAGUUUGUUACCUGUGAAGCAGAAGAAAAGAAAAAGCAAGUUGAUGAUAUCGCUAAAGCCCUAUCUACUGAACAAACCGAAUGUAAAAAGACAAAAGAAAAACUCCUGACAUGUGAACAAGUUAUAAUGCAGCAAAAAGAAGGAAACAAACAAACCCUCCUUAAGUUGGCUGUGUACGAACAAAAAGAUAAAAAGCACCAACAAGAUGUGAAAGGUUGGGCUGAGGAACGUAAUAAGAUUGAAGCUCAGCUGCAAAGGGAGAGGGGUUUCAAUAUACAGAACGCUCAGCAGUUUUCUAAAGUUGAAGAAGAGCUAAUAAAGUUGGAGAAAGCUAACAAAGAACUAACAGAGUGUUUGGAAAAAGAGCGAGAAUUUAGGAAGAGAGCAGAGAGCGAGCUUGAGACUCGGACAAGGGAUAACAAAGCUCUGAUUGAGAAGAGCAGUGCACUUGAAACUAAAGUAAACAGUUUGACUCAAUCAGAAGUAAAGAUAAAAGAAGAAUUGAACCAGAAGUUAAAGGAAAAAGAAGAACACAUAUCUCAUCUGCUGGGUGAAAUAGACCAACAUCAGACAAUAUGCUCAGACUUGGCCAAUGAACUACAAACUCUUCAGACUGGUAUGGAACAGAUAGAGCAACAGUACAGUAGGAGUAUAGCAAGUAUAGAGCUGUUAUACUGCCAACAUUUUACCAGGUCUGCUUCCACACCACCGCUUGACAUGGUCACCCUUAUCUCUGAUAAAUUCAACCACCUCACUAAACAUGUGUUGGUGCAAGAAACGGAGAUAGAAUCUCUAAGACGUGCAGUGGAGAGAAGUGAAUCUUUGUGUGAAGUGCAGAAGAAAUCUAUUGAGUCUAAAUCUGAAACUAUCAAUACUUUCCAAGACCAAAUAAAAGAGCUGACAGAUCAGGCGGGAUCUCAACAACAGGAACUGACCAUAACACUCGCCACCAACAAAGCCCUACAACAACAAGUCCAGGACAUGACCACUUUGCUGGCAACCGAGCAGGAGAAAACCCUUACCCUCCUCAAGGACAAGAAGGAGGUUAUCAAACAGAAACACGACUCUCUCAAGGAGCAAUGUGAGACAGUGCGACAGAUAAGUGAGACACUAGGAGACAAGACUGGAGACACAGACUGGACUGAGAUCUGUAGAUGUGCUCUGGUGGCUGCUCAGAAGUGUUGUGCUGAGAAGAAAGAGCUGAGUGUACUGCUAAAAGAAGCACAAGAAGAGAUAAAAACGUGUCACGUGUCCAUGGAAACGCUUAGUAAAGCUGUGGACUCAACACGUGUGGAUUGUUCCCGGAAGCUGGCUGAAAGUGAGACCUUGCAUUCCGAUCAUACCAAAUCCCUGGAGGAUAACUAUCUGCAACUCAUAGAUACUCUCAACACUAAACUCAAGGGGAUAGAAAUGAAUUCCUCAACAACAAAUGACAAGAUUAGAUCGUUUUACCAAGAGAACGAGAAGCUGAAGGAACAUGUUCAUUCUCUUGAAGAGGAUCUUCUGACAUGUGAACAGCGAAGAGUAAACUUCCAAGCAGCAGUAGGAAUGUUAGGGAGCACAGUGCUACAUCACAUGAACAGUUAUAACAGACUUCUACACGUUCUAUCAUUCUACAAACACCAGUCGAUAAUAGCUGAAGUCCAGUCUGAGGAGCUAGUGUCACUCUCAAACGCUUUGUCUGACCAGGAAACUACUCAACAUCCCAUAUUCAAAUUCAGAAAAGGGGUUAUAGCAGUGCUAGCAGCAAACAGACUGAAAGUGUUGGGGAGAGAGUUUAAACAGAACUAUGUGCUUGGAGUACCCGAGGGGAACAACCCUAUCACAUGGCUGGAAAGUGAAGGUCUGGAUAAGCUGGUGACUAGUUCAGUGCGACAUUGGAGAAGGCGACCGUUAGCGAACACAGCUGAUAAAUUAGUUUCUGCUAUUUACAACAACACUUCUACGUUGUGUGCCGAAAUGUAUUCAGGAAGUCUUCUCCACAAAAUAGCCCUAGGACAGAGAGACGUGGCACACGCAUACAACUUACCGAAUCCGGUUGGAAACGUGCGGACAUUUGUGUUAAACCUCACUCAAAGACUGCACUCUGUUGAAAUUGAACGGAGGUCCCUUAUCGCAAAAGUGAACCACUGGCAAAAAGAGGCGACUGGAUUGAAGGGAGCCGUUGAACAAACCGACAUUCUCAGCCGCAAGGUGCAGGAGCUAGAGAGCAUGGCGUUCGAUACCGUCCCUCUCUCAAAGCAUGAAGGAGUGAUGAGAGAAUUGGCUUCGGUAAUGUCCAGAGAAGAAUGUUUGAGAGAGGAGUCUCAUAACAUGAGAGGGCACCUCAAAAGAUUGGAGGAGGACUAUGAAAAUGUUUUGUCUCAACUAAAUGAGCGUUCAGAAACAUUAGAUGAGGCUAUCAAGGAACUGUCUAAUCAGAAGGUACAACACAGACAGUCAGAACAGACGCAACGACAAAACACCCGCAAGAUAUCGUCUUUGGAGGGCGACAAGAAAACCAUAUUUGAGCAACUGCAGACCGUUCAGAAAUGUGCGGACAUUAGAAUCAGAGACCAUGAGAUCCUGAUGGGUUACCUCUCCAAACUGCAAGUAGCACUCCAGGAACGUAAGAUAAGAGUGACGUCCGGGAAUCUGAGCAGCAAUACUGGGUAUUUGUCUGCGGAUGGAGAUCACAACGUGGAGGUGGAGGAGGUUCAGAAGAUCUGUGCUAUGUACGAAGAUAUCCUGAAACUUACUCAUCGCCGAGUGAACGGUUUAGAGCGAGAUGUACAGAGUUUUAAAUCUCAUACUGACUCUUUAAAAGGGGAACUCUCAGCUGCUUGUCAGAGACUUGCCCUAGAGGAUAUCCCGGUUGGUAAACCUCUGGUGGGUUUCGACUUAAAUAAAAACGAAAGUCUAGUUCCUCUAGUCCAGAGAUCGGAUUCUCAGGUCAAGGAACUGGGAGCCAAGGUCGGGCAGAACUUUUCAGAUGUUAUUGAUAAUGUUAUGAGUUGGUCUUGAACCUUUAUAAUAAAGUGUUAAAAUUGGGUUAUUUGACGGCGGAUAAUUUUAAUCGUACGUCCUAUUUUGUAGAACGUGCUAUGGUCUACGAGGAUUUUAUAAUUCUACAGUUCUACACAUUUGGCUACGACAUGUUAUUUCUUGAUAUCCGGAAAUUCUCUACCAAACGAGUUUAGCGGAAGUUUAUCUAAUUAGUGGCCAUGUGGUGAUGUGGUAGUACAUAUGAUUGGGUGCUCUCAUAAUAUCCGACCAUUUCAUUGAUUUCCGGAACGAUUUGGCAUGGGAAUCUUUUUCGUACAUUUUAUUGAAGUUAUUGGAUGUUGUUACGGUUGAGCAGUAUUUGUCUGUGAAUUUAGGACUAAGUUUUUAUUUUUAUUUGUAUCGACAAUCGAGUUUCUAAGACUGAAAUCGAAUUUUUUGUAUAUAAUAUUCAUAUCAAUUGUACACAUACCAACUAUUUAAACAUAAUGCAUGCCACUUGGCGCUUAA